CAGUGUAGGGACUGAGGAGUGUUCUCUCUUUCUCUACGUGCGACGACGGAAGGCGGUCUGUAGACGGCGGGUGAUUCAGAAGAAGGAAAGAACCAGUGCGGGGCAACAGAAGAAGAGUGAAACCCUAAUCUCUAAUCAGCAACUUAUUUGCUUUUGGAAUAGAUGGAGGCCAAAUUUUUUCGCUUUCUCAAGAUUGUGGGUGUUGGAUACAAAGCCAGAGCUGAAGCUGCAGGUCGUCUAUUGUAUCUCAAAUUGGGGUACAGCCAUGAGGUGGAAUUAGCUGUCCCUCCUGCUGUCCGAGUUUUUUGCUUCAAGAACAAUGUAAUUUGCUGUACAGGAAUUGACAAACAAAGAGUGCACCAGUUUGCAGCCACUGUUCGGACCUGUAAGCCUCCUGAAGUUUACAAAGGCAAGGGUAUAAUGUAUGUUGAUGAAGUUAUCAAGAAAAAACAAGGAAAGAAGUCUAAAUAGUCAUAUAAUCUUUAGGUGAUUUCGUGAAGUCUAGACUGAGAUGUACAUUGGCUACACUCUGUCUGCACAAAUUGCUAUGAUUAGCUCUAGCCUUCAAACAAUUUUAGUGUUGGAAUCUUUGAACAUUAUGGUAAUAAUUUAUUUGCUUUGAAAUAACUAUAAUUUCUUGUUUCAGUAGGAUUGAUAUGUACUUUUAGAGUUUAUCUUACUUUGCUGAGACAUUUUGUCUAAGAAUAUAACAUUACUUUGAAAGGCUCGUUUUCUUUUCUUC